CACGUCUAUCUCUUCAGUCAGAGACGAACCGAGAAACCGGCGAUACCGAUUAUCAAUCGGCAAUAAUAUUUAUAAUUAUUUUAUUUUAAAAAAUUAUAUUUUUUGGUUUUAUUAUUAAACAUUUUUUUAUUUUUUAAAUAACAAUCUUUUGUGAUGGUGAAAUUUUUAUUUAAAUUUAUAUUAUUGAGUGAGUUGAUAUUUAAUUAGUGGUUUAUUUUUACCUGGUUAAUUUGUGAAUAUGUGUCAAUUUUUGUGCUGUAAUAUUUGUUUUUAUUGGGCCUUUAUCAUCAAUAUUAUGGAUCAGAAAAAAUGGAUCUAAUUAUUGGAUGAGACCUGGAAGAAUUAUAAAAUUGAAAAAUUAAAUUAAAUAGUAAUCCAAUUGAUUAAUUAAUUUAAAUCAAUUAGAUUGUUGUAUCUAGUCAAACUGUCAUUGAGGACAUUUACAAUUGAGCUGUGAUAUUCCAUGACAGAUAUUAUUUUAUCCAUCAAGACAAUCAAAGUGCAAUAUUAAAAAUUAAUAAAAUUAAAUUAAUGAAAUUUUAUUAAUUGAAUAAAUAGCAAAUUAAUUUAUUGAAUGAAUAUUUAGUAGACAUUAUAAUACGAUAAAAAUAAAAAAAGGUUUUUUAUUUAAAUAAUAAAUAGCUUAAAUAAAAUUUAAAAAAAAAAAAAAAUGGUUAUCUUGGAUCAAGAACAGAAGCCUGAGAGGCAACACUGUGGACGACGAAUGUGCGCCAUUUGCCGACGCAUCAAAAGAGACAGAGCAUUAAAAGUCAAGUUGUCCCUAAGAAGACCAAUCAAUCAGCUAGUUGCCCAAGGCAUAAUGCCACCAUUAAAAACCCCACCAGCAUUUCAUGAGCAACGUAAACAGUUGGAAAGAGCAAAAACAGGAGAUUUGUUAAAAGCAAAAAUACAACAACGACCGGGACGUGAUGUACUUGUAAGACAACAUAUACUUGAAGAUGUUGGUCAUGUUGAUCCAAGUUUAGCUGAAAGACAACGUAUGUUAAAAAAAGCAAGACUUGCUGAUCAACUUAAUGAUCAGCUUAGUCAUAGACCAGGACCACUUGAACUCAUUCAAAAAAAUAUACUUCAUACUGAAGAGCCAAUUGAAAGGGCACUCAAAGAGGGACAAAUACCAUUUAAGGCAACUUGUGAAGGACAAGUUACAAAACCACAACCACCAGAUCAUUAUAUAACAUAUGAAGAUGAUUCACAAAGUUCAGAAAGUACACCAUCACCACCAAUUGAAAAUAAAAAUGAUGUAUUAGAAACAGCAGCUGCAUCAGCUGGUAUUGUUACUGUAUCAUUAAGCAUACCAACAACUGGUGGUGCUGUUGUUGUAUCAUCAACAACAUCAUCACCUUUAUUUCAACAAACAAAUAGUACUGAUAAUAAAAUACAAACAUUUGCUGAAUUGUGUAAUACUGUUGUUGGUAAUCAUCAUACACAGCAACAACAACAACAACAACAACAACAGCAACAGCAACAGCAACAACAACAACAGCAGCAACAACAACAACAACAACAGCAACAACAGCAGCAGCAACAAUUACAGCAACAACAACAACAGCAACUACAACAAUUACAACAAUUACAACAACACUUAUCAUCACAACAACAGCAACAACAACAUCAGACAAACCAAAUAAAUGGACCAACAUUAUUACCACUUGCACCAGCACCAAGUCCCAUGUCAUUGGGUUCAACAACAUCAAGUCUAAGUCCACUAUCAAAUAUAUCAAUAGCAUCACCACCAGCAGCACCACCACCACCAGCAGCAAUAACACCAAGACCAAUAGCAAGUCCAAUUGCAAUAACUUGUCAACGUAGUGAUGCACCUGGAAAAGAUAAAAAUAGAAAAAAAUCUAAAACAAAAAGUCAACCAAAAACACGAACCAUCAAGUUUCAUGAAUACAAGGGUCCACCAAAUGCACAAAAAACAUCAGUAACAUCAGCAGCAGCAGCAGUUGUUGCACUUGGUGCAUUACCACCAGGUGAAACAAGUUAUGAAUUACUUCUUCAACAACAACAAUUAUUUUUACAAUUUCAACUUGAAUGGCAACAUAAAUAUCCAAAAAUAAUAUUACCAGCAGCACAAAAACCAUUAUCAUUAACGAGUUCUGGUGCAAGUGAUACUGGUAGUAUAUCUGGUGGUUCAGCAAAUGCACCAAGUCCAGCACCAUCAAAUUCAUCAAAUCAUCAUCAAUCAGAACAGCCACCAUUACGUCCACUUGGUAAAUUAGAAGAUAUGAAAGUUAGUGAUUUAAAAGUUGAAUUAAAAAGACGUAAUUUACCAGUAUCUGGAUCAAAACCACAACUCAUUGAAAGACUUAAACCAUUUACUGAAAUGUCAAGUAAUUGUUUAAAUAAUAAUGGUCAUCAUAUAACACAUAUGGGACAUAUUUUAAUGGAUACACCUGGACCAAUGAAUGAUGAAACAAGUUUUCAUAUUAAAAGUCCUGGUUCACCAAUUAAAGAUGAACCACAUAGUCCAAGUAUUGGAUCACCACAUGGUAGUGAACAUGAUGAUCCAUCAAGUCCACCAGGUGAUGAUAUUAUUAGAGAACAACGUAAACGUAUUGAAGAAUUACAAAGAGAAUUACAAAGAUCAAAAUUACAAUUACAACAAAUACGUCAAACUCAACCAGCAACAGUACGUGCUGAAAAACUUGUAUUACAACAUCAUAUACAAAAUAAAAUGCAACAACAACAAAUUGCAUUACAUUUACAACAAUUACAACAACUACAACAUUUACAACAACAACAACAAUUACAUAAUCAACAAAAUCAACAACAACAACAAAAUCAACAUGCUGCAUUUCAACAAUUACAAGCAAAAACAAAUUUUGCUGCAUUUUUACAACAACAACAACAACAACAACAAAAUAAUAGUAACAACAAUAACAAUAAUAAUAAUGUACUUGAUUCAGCAACAUUAACAGCAAUUAAUAAUAAAAAGAAUCAAGUUAAAAAUAUGAAUAAUAAUAAUAGUAAUAAUAAUAAUAAUAAUACAGUACAAUUACCAGCAAUAUUAGUUAAUAUAGCAAAACCAGCAAAAAUAAAUGGAUCAUUGCUUGGUGCGCUGGUCGCUCAAGCACAUGCUCAACAACAAACAUCAACAACAACAUCAACAACAACACCAGCAACAGCAGCAGCAACAACAACAACGACAGCAAUAAUAACAACAACAACACCAUCAAUAACAACAACAUCAUCAAAUAUAAUAAUUGAUAAAUCACAAUCACCACCACCAUUAUCACCUUCAUCAUCAUCCUCAUCGUCAUUGUCAUCUUCAUCUUCAUCAACUUCAGCAUCACCACCACCACCAGAAUAUAAUGAAGCAACAAAAUUAUUAAAAGUUAAAAUUGAACCAUCAACAAUACAAAAACAAAAUAUUAAAUCACAAGUUGUUGAUGAUGUAUUAGAAAUACUUAUUAAAAAUGGUGAAUUACCACCAAGUGCUGCACAAGAUCCAUCAACACCAACAACACCAAAUCGUCAAUUACAACAAAAUUUAGUAUUUACAUCACCAGCUGAUAGUCCAACACAAUCAUUAUUAUAUACAUCAAAUCCAAUUAGUCCAAUAAAUACAAUUGCAAUGGAUAUUAGUCAAAGUGGUUGUCCAACAUCACCAAGUUCAUCAGUACCACCACCACCACCACCUCCACCACCAUUACCACUUGCAACAUUUACUGUACAAUUACCAUCAGCAUUACAAGAUAAUGAACAACAUCAAAGACAUCAUAAUAAUAAUCAUCAUCAUAAUCAUAAUCAUCAUAAUCAUCACAAUAAUAAUCAUCAUCUUAAUCAUAUUAAUCAUCAUAAUCAUGAAGACAAUGAUAUACCAUCAUUUACAUCUGAUUUAUUAAAUUCAAAUGAUGAAAUUGAUGCAUCAAUGUUAUUAAGCCCACAAAGAAUAAAUCAAUGUAGUCCAGAUCCACAACCACCACAAGAAGUAACAAGUUCUGAUAAUACAAAUUUAGAUUUAAAAGAAUUAGGUCUUGAUUUAGAAACACUUGAUACAAUGGAUUUUGGACAAUUGGAUUGUGAUUUAAAUGUUAAAUUGGAAUCGAAUAAUCAUGAGUUAAUGGACAUAAGUGAUAUGCCAAUGGAUAUGGAUGAUCCAGAUUGGUUGGAUUCAUUAAUGCCACAAUCACCACAAGUAUUGACAUCAUCAACAUCACAUUCUUCACCACCACCAUCAAUACAAUCAACAGUACAUGAUCUUUAUGAUCCUCUAUUAUCAAAUAGUCAAGAUCCAUUUGAUUUAUUUAACAUUGAAGAUUCAGAUUUUAAAAUGUCAUCUGAUUUAACACUAACUUGGGAUAAAGUUGAUUUUACAACUUAGCUAAAAAAUCAUUUACAAUUGUUUAUUUAAUAAUUAAAACAAAAAAUGAUGUUUUUAAUUAUAAAAAAAAAUUAUAAUUAAACAGGGAAAAAUAAAUUUAUUUAUUUAUUAGAUACAACAUAUUAUAUUAAUUAUAAAUAUAUUUAUUUUCUUUUCUUUUUUAAUAGUUCAACUGAAAACCAAUGUACUUAAAUUUAAUUAUCAUGAAUAAUUGAACUCUUUGAGCAGGACCUAAUUUACCAAUAAGAUUUAAAUAUUAAAUAUGUAUAAAAUAAAUAAAUCAUUGUACGACAAAAAAAAACAAAUUAAAAAUCAAUUUCUAUCGGACCAAGAAUGUUAAUCAAAAUGAGUGCAGUGUUUUUUGUUUUUAUCAUUGAAAAAUGAUAAAUUAAAUAGAGAAAAAAAUACGAAUGAGUGACAAAAUAAACGAAAUUUUUUUUCUUUUAAAAUCAGUCAAGUUUAUUAAUUAUUUUACGAUGAAAUUUUUGGUUUGCUCUAUAUUUAUUAUACACGUGUAUUGCUUGAAUAUAAUAUUAAUAAUUAUUGGAUAUUCAAAAAUAUAAGCAAAGAAAAAUUGAAUAAAAUGAAAAAUAAAUAAACGAAAUUUCGAAAAUUUACUUGAAUUAUUAAAAAAUUUACAUAUAAAUAAUUAAAAAUAAUUAUUUUCUAUUGAAAAUUUAUUUUAUUUAUUUAUUUUUAUUGAUUAUUAAUUAAUCAAUCAAUUUAUUUGAAAAAAUAAAUAAAAAAAACAGUGAAAUUUACUUUUUUUCUUUCAAAUAAAAUAAAAUAUAUAAUUGGUGAUUUUUGAAAGCGGCUAAAUAUGUAAGCCAGAGCAUGUGAUUUUAGAUGAUAUAAAAUAAAAAUAAUAUAAAAAAAAUAAAAAUAAUAAAUAAAUAAAUAAAUGAUGAAAAAUAAUUAAAUAGCUUUGAGAUACAUAAAAAAAUUAAAUAAAUAAUUUACGCGCACAGGCAUGAAUAUUAUUUUCAUUAAUUUUUAAUAAUAAUUUACAUUUAUUAUUUGUUCCCUGAGUGUUUAAUUAAUAAUAUCAUCAAUUUUAUCAAGUUUUUUUUUUUUUUUUUGUGACAUUCCAAGUUUCCAUAAAUGCGAAUCAACCAGACAAAUUUCAUCUCAGCUUAUUUUUUUUGUUUCAGAAUUAUUUAUUUAUUUAUUAUUAUUGUUUUUAUUCUUUUUUUUUUUGUUCUCUUUAAAAAUUGCCAAAUUCAUCGUGCCUAAUGUGUGUGUGCACUUGAUAAUUAAUGAUAAUUUGAUGAUAAAAAAAAUAUUGUUGUAAAAAAUAUAUGAUUAUGUGCUUGAGCUUAUUUAAAA